AUGUCAUUUGAUGACAAACAAAUUAUCAGUGAUUCUAAGACCGGAUCAGGAGUACGACUAAAUAAGUUUUUGGAAUCUACUUCUAGUGAUGAUGUCGAAAAUUUUGAUUUAGAAGAUUCAAAUAUAAUUUUACAUAAAAAGAAUUCUGCAAAAGCAGAUAGAUAUUAUGUAUGUUCUACGACAAAUUCUUCAAUAAAUGAAAUAGAUCCUAGUAAUAAAAAUGGCAGCCUGACAAAUAAAGCCAAUAAUAUUUUCACAAAAUUUAUUGAUUCCUUUAGAGAAGCCGAGUCCUCUGAUAACCAAGACCCAGAUGAUAUAGAAAAAAUUGACCAAGAUGAUAUAGUUUCUGCAGAUGAUAAAAAUAUGAAAAAAACUAUCAAAAAGAGACAUGUCUUAUUGAUCUCUUUAGGGACAGGUAUUGGUACUGGUCUUCUUGUUGGUAAUGCUCAAGCCUUACAUAAUGCAGGUCCUGCAGGGUUAGUUAUUGGGUUUGCAAUCAUGGGUACCUGUCUUUAUUGUAUUAUUCAAGCAUGUGGUGAAAUGGCUGUUUGUUAUAGUUCCCUACCAAGUAAUUUCAAUAUUUAUCCCACUUUCCUAGUAGAACCGGCAUUUGGGUUUGCGGUGGCGUGGGUUUAUUGUUUGCAAUGGCUUUGUGUCUGUCCACUGGAAUUGGUGACAGCCUCUAUGACAAUAAAAUAUUGGACAACAAAGGUUAACCCAGAUAUAUUUGUUUUAAUAUUUUAUAUUUUAAUCAUUGGUAUUAACACUUUUGGGGCUAGAGGUUAUGCAGAAGCAGAAUUUUUCUUUAAUAGUUGUAAAGUCUUAAUGAUUACUGGGUUUUUCAUCUUGGGUAUCAUUAUUACAUGUGGUGGUGCCGGUAAUGAUGGUUACAUUGGGGCCAAGUAUUGGCAUAACCCAGGUGCAUUUAGAGGCGAUCGUCCUAUUGAUCAUUUCAAAGGAAUUAUGGCUACUUUUGUUAAUGCUGCGUUUGCAUUCGGUGCAUCAGAGUUUAUUUCAAUUACUGCAAGUGAACAAGAAAAUCCAAGAAAGGCCAUUCCAAAGGCCGCUAAAAUAAUGAUAUAUAGAAUUCUAUUUGUAUUCUUAGCUUCUAUUACUUUAAUUGGGUUUUUGGUUCCAUAUAAUUCUCCACAAUUAAUGGGGUCUAGUGGAUCAGCUACAAAAGCGUCUCCAUAUGUUAUUGCCGUUGCAUCUCAUGGUGUCAGAGUGGUGCCACAUUUUAUCAAUGCUGUUAUUCUAUUAGCUGUUUUGUCUGUUGGAAAUUCUGCAUUUUAUUCCAGUUCUCGUAUUUUGUACUCUUUAUCUCAAAAGGGAUUAGCUCCAAAAUUCUUUGAAUACAUCGAUAGAGAAGGUAGACCUGCAAGGGCUAUGGGUUGCUCAGCAUUAUUUGGUAUUAUUGCAUUCUGUGCUGCCUCUUCCAAGGAGGAGCAAGUAUUUACCUGGUUAUUGGCAAUAUCUGGGUUAUCUCAGUUAUUCACUUGGAUUGCAAUCUGUGUAUCACAUUUAAGGUUUAGAAGAGCGAUGAAAAUUCAACAUAGGUCAUUGGGUGAAGUUGGUUUUAAGUCUCAAGUAGGUGUGUAUGGAUCUGCAUAUGCCGCUGUUAUGAUGACAUUGGCCUUAGUAGCUCAAUUUUGGGUUGCCAUUAAACCAAUUGGUGAAGAUCACUUAGAUGCUCAAGCAUUCUUUGAGAAUUAUUUGGCUAUGCCAAUUUUAAUCGCUCUUUAUUUAGGUUACAAAGUUUGGAAAAGAGAAUGGAGACUUUACAUUCCUGCAGACCAAAUCGAUUUGGUGUCACAUCGUAGAAUUUUUGAUGAAGAAGUUCUGAAACAAGAAGAACUUGAAGAAAAAGAAAGGUUGAAAAUGUCCCCAUUUUGGGUUAAAGUUAAAGAAUUUUUCUUUUAA